UCUUUCGCCGGGCGCGAUGGGGCCGGAGCGCCGGGGGGCCGCGGCGCUGCUAGCGCUGCUGUGCGUGGCCUGCGCGCUGCGCGCCGGGCGCGCCCAAUACGAACGCUACAGCUUCCGCAGCUUCCCACGGGACGAGCUGAUGCCGCUUGAGUCGGCCUACCGGCACGCGCUGGACAAGUACAGCGGCGAGCACUGGGCCGAGAGCGUGGGCUACCUGGAGAUCAGCCUGCGGCUGCACCGCUUGCUGCGCGACAGCGAGGCCUUCUGCCACCGCAACUGCAGCGCCGCGCCGCAGCCCGAGCCCGCCGCCGGCCUCGCCAGCUAUCCCGAGCUGCGCCUCUUCGGGGGCCUGCUGCGCCGCGCGCACUGCCUCAAGCGCUGCAAGCAGGGCCUGCCAGCCUUCCGCCAGUCCCAGCCCAGCCGCGAGGUGCUGGCGGACUUCCAGCGCCGCGAGCCCUACAAGUUCCUGCAGUUCGCUUACUUCAAGGCAAAUAAUCUCCCCAAAGCCAUUGCCGCUGCUCACACCUUUCUACUGAAGCAUCCUGAUGACGAAAUGAUGAAGAGGAACAUGGCAUAUUAUAAGAGCCUGCCUGGGGCCGAGGACUACAUUAAAGACCUGGAAACCAAGUCAUAUGAAAGCCUGUUCAUCCGAGCAGUGCGGGCAUACAACGGUGAGAACUGGAGAACAUCCAUCACAGACAUGGAGCUGGCCCUUCCCGACUUCUUCAAAGCCUUUUACGAGUGUCUCGCAGCCUGCGAGGGUUCCAGGGAGAUCAAGGACUUCAAGGAUUUCUACCUUUCCAUAGCAGAUCAUUAUGUAGAAGUUCUGGAAUGCAAAAUACAGUGUGAAGAGAACCUCACCCCAGUUAUAGGAGGCUAUCCGGUUGAGAAAUUUGUGGCUACCAUGUAUCAUUACUUGCAGUUUGCCUAUUAUAAGUUGAACGACCUGAAGAAUGCAGCCCCCUGUGCAGUCAGCUACCUGCUCUUUGAUCAGAAUGACAAGGUCAUGCAGCAGAACCUGGUGUAUUACCAGUACCACAGGGACACUUGGGGCCUCUCGGAUGAGCACUUCCAGCCCAGACCUGAAGCAGUUCAGUUCUUUAAUGUGACCACACUCCAGAAGGAGCUGUAUGACUUUGCUAAGGAAAAUAUAAUGGAUGAUGAUGAGGGAGAAGUUGUGGAAUAUGUGGAUGACCUCUUGGAACUGGAGGAGACCAGCUAGCCCACAGCAACCAAAGAGACUUCCCCUUGGCGUUCAGGAAACACAGAUUCUUUGUCCUUUUCCCAACAGCCCAGGCUGUUGAUACCUCAGAGCCUUCUCUUUACUCUCCAAAGUGAAAGGGAAGCCCCCGUCUCUCUAACUACAUGUCACCAGGGGUGAGCCUGCCUUUCCCAUCUUCACACCUGCCACCUCAUGUUCACACCUAUCUUUCUCACCUUUUUUUUGAGAUGGAGUCUCGCUCUCUUGCCCAGGCUGGAGUGCAAUGGCACGUUCUCAGCUCACUGCAACCUCCGCCUCUUGGGUUCAAGCAAUUCUCCUGCCUCAGCCUCCCGAGUAACUGGGAUUACAGGCAUGUGCCACCAUGCCUGGCUAAUUUUGUAUUUUUAGUAGAGAUGGGGUUUUGCCAUGUUGGCCAGGCUGGUCUCGAACUCUUGACUUCAGAUGAUCCAUCUGCCUUGGCCUCCCACAGUGCUGGGAUUACAGGCGUGAGCCACCAUGCCCGGCCUCUUUCUCACGUUUAUACCUGUCUUCUUAUCCUCACAUCUGUUUUCACACCUUCAUCCCUGUCUUCCUCAUGUUCACACUUGUCUUCCCCAUGUUCAUAGCUGCCUUUCUUACCAUUUUGGUUUGAAGGGCAGUCUUCUCUGGCUUGUUUUUUUGUUUGUUGUUUUUCCCAGAAAAUCAGUAUUAUUUUUUAAAUAAGAAAAACAUUCCUAGAAGAUGAUAAUUGUGAAAACCUC